AUGGCCGCCGCCGGCGUCGGCGGCAACGGCUCCCCUACCGCACCCGGAGACUCUAUAGGAUCUUCUAGGAUUGGAGAGGUUAAGAGGGUGACCAAGGAGACAAAUGUGCAGGUGAAGAUCAACCUCGAUGGCACUGGUGUCGCUGAUUGUAGCACAGGGAUACCGUUCUUGGAUCACAUGCUUGAUCAGCUGGCAUCACAUGGACUCUUUGAUGUGUACGUGAAGGCAACAGGUGACACGCAUAUUGAUGAUCAUCACUCAAAUGAGGACAUUGCUUUGGCAAUUGGAACGGUGAUUAUUACUUUCCAAGAACAUUUCUCCCUUUUACCUCUAGAUGCAUUUGUAUGGAUCAUUAUUAACUUGAGGCACUACUUGAAGCACUUGGUGAUCGAAAAUGAAUUAACUGAUUUGGGCAUUUUACAGCACCCCUCGAUGAGGCAGCGGUUGAGGUUAUACUGCUUGCUGGGAAAAACUCACACCAUAUCAUUGAGGCAUCUUUCAAAGCAUUUGCUAGGGCCCUUCGACAAGCAACAGAAUAUGACUUGCGCCGUCAAGGCACUGUCCCCAGCUCCAAAGGUGUUUUGUCAAGAUCAUAGCAUUGCGAGUUUGAAAGAACGCAUAUCAUUCAUUGCAGCGCACAUCAAUGAGAGGAAGCCUGCAGAGUAG